UUCACUCUUUUCCCGUGUAACCUCGUUGAGCUAGCACGCGUUUUCUCGGUGUUCCGUCGUUUGUUUCCGUGAAACAGAACCAAACCAGCGAAAAUGGGUCGUAUGCACGCUCCCGGUAAGGGUAUUUCCCAGUCGGCGCUUCCGUACCGCCGUUCCGUGCCGUCGUGGCUGAAGCUGAACGCCGAUGACGUCGCCGAGCAGAUCAAGAAACUCGGCAAGAAGGGCAUGACGCCCUCGCAGAUUGGCAUCAUCCUGCGCGAUUCGCACGGUGUUGCCCAGGUCCGCUUCGUCAAUGGCAACAAGGUCCUGCGUAUCAUGAAGGCCGUCGGCCUGAAGCCCGACAUUCCGGAGGAUCUGUACUUCCUGAUCAAGAAGGCCGUCUCGAUCCGCAAGCAUUUGGAGCGCAACCGCAAGGACAUCGACAGCAAGUUCCGUCUGAUUCUGAUUGAGUCCCGCAUCCACCGAUUGGCCCGGUACUACAAGAUUAAGGCUGUCCUGCCGCCCAACUGGAAGUACGAAUCCAGCACCGCCUCGGCCCUGGUCGCCUAAGCCCUACGAUCCUGUAAUUCUUAUUGUUUAAAAUAAUUUCCGUUGGAAGUGCAAACAAAGUGAUCCCGCGCAUACACAGAGGGAAGAACGCAUACAUUAAGAACAUGGAAGUGUCAUGUUGAAGGGAGGAAAUUUAUCUGGUAGAAUCCAAUAAACGGUUUACACAGAAACGGUGAA